AUGGGACGCUGUGUCACCACGUUUGCAGAUUGUUUGCAGAUUGUAAUUUUUUACUGCUACCUAGCUGAGGUGGCCACUGGUGAUGACAAGAAGCGCAUCAUCGAUUCUGCCCGGUCAGCCUACCAGGAGGCCAUGGACAUCAGCAAGAAGGAGAUGCUGCCCACCAACCCCAUACGCCUGGGCCUGGCCCUGAACUUUUCCGUCUUCCACUACGAGAUAGCCAACAGCCCCGAGGAGGCCAUCUCACUUGCCAAGACCACCUUCGACGAGGCCGUGGCCGAUCUGCACACCCUCAGUGAGGACUCCUACAAGGACAGCGCCCUCAUCAUGCAGCUGCUGAGAGACAACCUGACGCUGUGGACAGCCGACAAUGCUGGGGAAGAGGGUGGUGAAGCUCCAGAGGAGCCCCAGAGCUGAAGCAGCCUACAUCCUCCCUGUCCCGCCUUGCCCUCCAGUCCCCAGCCUGCAGAGAGGACUUAAACGGAGUGGGACUCUGCCCCUCCCAAACCCUGAAUGU